CCGCAAAGGGACUGGAUUUUCAAGGUUGGAUUUUCUUCCGCUUUAACUUAAGGAAACAUGGCGUUUGGCUUUGCUUUUCAUUUUAUAUCUGCAGUGGGCAAUAAGCGCUGCCCAGCUGCUGGUCUUCUUCCUGAACCUCAAUUGGAAAAGGGUUUUCCAAGUUCAUGGAUAGGACCAAAAAACUAUUGGCUCAUUUAACAGGAAAAUCGCUUACGUUUGUACUACGUGGAGCAUCUGCAGUUUUUAAAUUCACUUUAUUUUAUUCUAGUCCAUGGCAUUUAAAGAAGAACUUUGUUGAAAGCAAGACGCAUUACCGAGCAGCAUUGACUAAACGGACCAUCUUCCUAUACGUUUUCCAAAUGCAUUUCGUCGUGUAUACGGUUCUAAUAGUCGUCUGCACGGUCUCGAGAAUCUUUGCUGCUCCCGCUACGAUUGGUGAGAUGAACGGGCCGAGAGGACGAAGAGAUACGACUGACGGUGACAAGGAAAAGGGCGAUUUUCUAUCGUCAGUUGCGACAGCUGCCAAUGCAGCGAAACUUGUUGCGCAAUACGGGUGUCCGAUCGCCCGACUGGCUUAUACCCAAUGCAACAAGGAACAAAAUCCAAGUGGAUACAACCAGAAAUUAAUUGAUGCAACUUGGGAGCAUUUUACCAAAGACGUUGAUCAAGGUGAUGGAGCAACAGUGGCAAAAGCAAUUCGGGAAUAUGGAUGUCCAGCCGUAGGAUUUGUUACCAAACUGUGUGUGCUCGCCUAAGGAUUGAAGGGAAUUAGUUCAAACCGUUACAUGCUCCAAUUUAUUGCACCUAUUAGUAUUCGCAAAUUAUCCAAUCUAAAUUUUAUGAAGUAGCAUGUUUCUACCCUUUAAAAGAAAAGCUUAGUAUUGUGUAAUCCCUACCUUCUCCAUGUGUCAUAAUGUCUGUACGCUAUUAGCAUGUGAUGAAUAAUUAACCAUAUGCAUACUUCCCACAUGGCAUUAGCCUAUUUUAGGCUAAUGCCACAAGGGAAAUGUUAUCAAAAAGAAAGUGGAAAGAUAACGGUCGUCGUUGUGAUGACUGACCAAUAGCCUAAAGCAAAGCUAUUCUCAAGAAAACGGUUCAUUUCUUUGUCUUUUCUAACGGUAAAAAAAAGAUCGCUUCUUUCGUAUGCACCAUCUUCAUUUAGUUCCGUCUCAAAAUCGAGAAAUGUUUGGCCGAUUCUCGUCUUCCUGAAAUCAAAAAUGGAUUCACAAAUUGUGCAAAAGUUAAUUUUUCAAGCGGCUAGUGAAGGAUCAGUAGAUGUGUUGAAUGAUGUUAUUCAACAGCACGGACCUUUAUCCAAAGUGAUUGCAAAUCUCACUGUAUGUAACGAUGAAGGGGAUACACCUUUAUACGUCGCGAUUCGAAAUGGGCACGACAAGAUGGUUGAAUUCAUUUUAGCUAAAAUACAGGAAUGCAUCGUGAGUAGCAUCAACGUGACACAUUGCAAAACAAAGACUACGUUAUUUUGGCAAGGGAAACCUUCGAUUCGUAUGGCACAUUGUCUUGGGAUUUGUGAACAUGUACCUGUCAUGUACAUCAUGGAACAUCUGAUUGGAAAUAUUAUGCCUAAUUACCUUCCUUGGUUGGAUUUCGUGUUGAAUUGCGUGAUUGAAAGUAACAUCAGUCGGUCAGAGAAAAUUAUUGCGCUGGAAUUGUUAGGAUCUGCUUUCAUCUUUUUACAUUCCCAGCAUCCACCAGAGAAGACGGGAUGUCGUCAAGGAUUGUACUGCUGGAACGAAGCCAUGAUUCUCCGCUAUUCCACCGUCAAUACCAUCCCAAAAAUCCCGCACGAUUCUUCUGAAAUCGCUCGCAACGCUUACGGAGGUGUUGUUGAAUGGAUGACUGUCCAACAACUGGAACAUCUAAUGAAAGAGCAAUGUUCAUUUAGAGGAUUUUUAAAGGAGUGGGAAGCUAUUUGCAUGGCACCUUUACGGAUUCAAGCUCUGCUUGUUCUCGAACGUACAUUCAAACAAAAUCAACGUGAUAGUCCCAAUUCAUUUCAUCUCAAAUUCUUAUUGGAUUACGUUUACGAAUGUGAAGCUCGUAAACAGUUUACUAAAGUGAUCAACAUUUCUUUGCUUAUUCUAGAAGAGUGUAUCGAUUUAAAACAAACGUCAUCUGCUAAAUGUAUCGAUAUUUUCAUUCAAACGUUCAUUAUCAUAUUCGAUUGUUUGAUGCAACCGAACACGUCCAAAGAAAAAUUUUCAAACUCAAAUUUCUUACUCAUCGUCAAAUUGAGUUCAAAGAUCUUAACGAACUUGUCAACAGGACCGGACAUGCCCAUCAUCGAUCCUAAAUUCCAAAAGUACGGCGUUCUAAAGAAGUUUGUCAAGUUGAUCGCCGUUUGGUUAUCUUGGUUGAACGACGAAGAGCAACGACAACUAGAAGAACAUCUACACGAAUUCAUUCGUCUUGGUGUACCUGAUGGCUAUUCGAGUCCUCUUCAUUACGCCAUUUGGGUCUUUGUUUCGCACGGAGUCGUCAUCAGUUUGAACGCGGUUAAAGUCAUCCGGUUGUUCCUCCGACUCGGGGCGAAUCCAAACACGUUCGAUCAAAACGGCAAAACUCCGAUGCAUUGCUUGGCCAAUCAUUGGUGCUGGAUGAUUUACCUUGAUUUGUAUUUGACGGUGUUCCAGUCGUUGGUGGAUGCUGGUGGUCGACUGGACAAAGCCACUCCCGAAGGCGAAACUGUGAUGAGCAUUUUGAAAGAGCAGCGGAUUAAAUUGUCACCUCACAUUAAUCGAUUUGAUCCUUACCUGGAAUCGAUGAUGAACACUGUUCUACCAUUCUCCUUGUCCGACCUUUGUGCCCAGGUGAUACGUCAUCGUCAAGUUGCCUAUGAGAAUCAACUUCCCUGCAGCUUGCAAUCGUUCGUUCGGCGUGAUUACACUGUUCAUCGUAAAUACUUUUGA